CAGAGCCUUCUCAGCCAAUCCGACGUCAGUUGGCAGCCAUGUCGAAUCGACACCUCAAACGGCUCGAGCAGCAAAAUGAUAUCAAAGGAAUCGUCAUACCUCCCAUUGACAAAAAAUUAUCGAAUGAAGACGAUCUCGCUGCGAAGCCACAAAAAACAAGCAUAUUUCAACUGUUGGCCAAUGAAUCAAACGGUGAGGAUGACGAGGUCGAGGCAACUGCCUUGCUUGUUCCCCCAUCCAGUAGUAAAGAUGAUAGUGACACUGAUCGUAGUGACAAGGGCGGAGAACAGGGCAAGAGCCCCGACAGAACAGAACUUUACAGUACAGGCGGUGGCAAAGGGAAGAACCGCAAGAAGCGCAGGAACAGGAAGAAUAAAAGCGGGUGCAAAACAGAAGAAGUGGCGAGAGUUGACGACAAACAUGAACUUGAGAAGGAAUUAAAGUGCGCCGAACAUCAAAGUCGGCCUGCUAAAAGUGACACCGCAGUGAGGGUCGAUCAUGUGUUGAAGUCGGCGCUCUCCUUUCACGUCAAGCGUCUUAAUCCAGAGAGGGAACUUCGUCUUAAGUUUGGAGCUGCCGUGCUUCGCGAAGAACGUCAUCAGCAACAGCCACAGUUGCCUCGAGGAGCUGGAAAGCGGCUCGUGUCUGGGGCAAUGCGAAGUCUUCUAAUUCCAGAUGCAGCGUAUCACUUCCUUGUUAUGCAGGGUAGAAAAAUUGGAGGCAUCGUGAUGGAGCCUGUUCCAGAUCGGGUGGGCUAUUUCGAAUACAAAUUCUCCCCACACUAUUGGCGUACGCAGGCAGAAUUCAUGCUUCUCGUGAAUAGCUUCAAUCAGGAUGACAUUUUAGGGAUGCUACAAAGAAUUAGCGAUCACGUAGAUACGUUACUUCAAGUAGCCACGAUUUGUAGAACAAAUGAAGAGAAAACUCCAGCUUCGAAAUUCGUUGAGCAGGCAAUCUUCGUCAUGGAGAAAGCCUUUCAUUCGGCAUUCGAUCUGAAGAGUGGGAACUGCCGACUAGACUAUCGUGCGAAGCCAAACCGACCUUUAUUUAUUGCCCUCUUCCAGCAUGCAUACUAUCUGUCUGAACGAGGUUGCCCUCAAACGGCGCUGGAGUUUUGCAAAGUAUUGCUAUCACUCGACCCUGAACACGACCCUUUGGCGGUUCUUCUAAUCAUCGACCACUAUGCUUUGCGUGCCCAGGAGGACGAAUGGCUAGUGCACUUCUUUGAGACGUUCCAAAGGGCGGGCCGAAAUUUAGACCAGUUCGUGAAUUUUGCCUAUUCGAUCGCUUUAUCACAGUUCCGUCUAAAACGGUACGAUGAGGCCGAUCGCCUACUCAUCAAAGCUUUGACGAAUUUUCCUCAAGUCCUGAAGGCUAUCACGGAUAAGAACUCGAUUAUAAUGGAUAAAAAGAUAGCGAGUAUCUUCGAUAAACAUUAUCCGUACGAUGUAACAGUUCAUCUCUAUGCCGAGAGAUGCGCUUGGAUGUAUCGAGAACCGGAAAUUCUGCGUUGGAUGGAGCGAAUAACCACUAAAAUGGUGGACUCUGGAAUACGCAUUGCAUCGGUUGAUACGCCACAUCGCCCACGACGCAAUAUUCUGCGUCACAUCACGCAAUCCCACGUGCCGGGCGUAACGAUAAUUGGACAAUAUCUGAGCAAUAUAGAAGACCGACAGCCAAUAUACGACUUCGAUCCAUUUCCUCCGAAGGACGCUUAUGGAGAUUUAUCACCUGAGUUGUUGUCUAUCGCUCCGGAUAACAUGUUGUCGGAAUCAACUCUCGCAAACUUUCUGAACUCACUCCAUCCCUCUUGGACCGGUCAAGACGAAAAUGGCGAUAAUAACGGAGCAAAUAACGUAAUGGAGGGCGUUUCCAACCUCGUUGACGCGGUCCUAAACCUCAUGUCCAAUAUCACAGGGGGUAAUGGACCACAACAGAAUGACAACAAUAAUGAAGAUAAUAACGCUAAUCGCAGAGCAGCGGUAGAACGAGGAGCUCAGGGCGGACCACCUGAUCUGGAGCUAAACGAACGACCUGAUCAGGACAAUAUUAACGGUGCUGGAGGAGAAUCUGAUGACCAGCAGCAAUCAAGAGAUGACCCGCCUCAGCGAUAGCAUUAUCUUCUAACAAAAUAGCAUAAAAGGACGGUCAUUGGUCCUAGUAUAAUGAUAUGAAGGAUAAAGUUAGUUUUUAAUGUUCGUUGGCUAUGUUAAAGGUAACAGGGAGACUAAAUUUUCGACCAUUUGCCGACAGAAUUUUGUUAUGAUAACGAGGAAUGUUACCAGCUAUAGUACUAUGUGUUAUUAAUAAUACAACGAUAUUCCUGCUGUUCAUAUGUUAUGAUGUAAUGGUCAAUGUAGUAAAAUACAGCAAAAUAUUGACCGAGCAAUUAUUUUUAUACAAUAGAAGGAAUUGACUGGCCCGAGAAAAGGAACGAUGACUCAGUUGUAACUGUGUGUAAUACUGAGAUUAGCUAUUCCACAUUCUAACGUAAGUCUAAUAUAUGAUUUGCGAAUGAGAUUUUUUUGGUUGACGAUUUGCUGUUAGAUUACCAUGUGAAAAAUUACCACCUGUGCAUUGCUAAAUGUAGACAAUUACAUCGAUGCCAGUGGCGAAACGCAAUCACAACGGCAUACACCAGAGAAGCAGGAAUACGUUGCACUCAAAACAAACAUGUAACCAUUUUCGUCGGAGCCAAAAAAUUUAUUGUGGGUAAUAGUACGAAUUCAAAGGCUUGCCUGGUAUUAAAAGGCUAGGCAGCUUGAUCCACAGGAAGUUUGGCCAAAGAAAUAUACCGUAGCUUCCUGAUUAUUGUACUUCACUCUAGUGUGUUGCAGACAUCAAAAUAAGUUUAUCAAAAUAACGAUUUUUGACGGUGUCUAUGACGGGUAUGGCCUCAUUACGUUUAGGGGAGUACAGAUUAUAAAAAUGGCUUGUUUACUUCGGCAAUUAUUAAAGACCUCACUGAAAAAUCCGUCAUUCAGUAGUUUGAUGAUCUGAGCUACAAUUAUUAUAUAAUUGUGUUUAGUUAACAGGAAAUACUUUUUAAGAUUUGUUGUCUUUAAAUAUCCGGUUUAUUUAAUUCGAAUUCAUGUAUAUUUUGAAAUAUAGCGGGGGAACAACGUGGCAGACUAUUGGCUUAAGUGAUACUUGACUACGGUUCCAAAAUAUUAGAGUAUCGCAGAAGAUGCACAUAGACAAAGAAAACUCCCAACUCAGGUUCAGCAAAUCGAACGAUAGACUGCCGUCCAAAAAUGACAGUUCGUCAAUUUUCCCAUAUAAAAUUUCAGACGAAGACCGCGUGUAGCAUGAACAAGAAUAAACCAUAUAAAUUCGUUGAACAAGACCAUUUUUUCAUCAAGUUUUUUUCUGAUGUUUGAUUGGUUAAUGAUUAUUGGUUAAAAACAUCAGCUCGAGACAGAUUAUUCAAUAUUGAUCAUAGAAGCUACUCGAUGAUGACAGUUGUGGAUAAAUUUUUACCAGCGUUUCAUAGCGUUGUUUAUGGAUUCCUUAUACAAAAUAUGCUGUCAGCCUCGUAUGGAUGUUCAAUUAUGUCAUUCAGAUUCAUCUUAGGGCCCUAUCUAUCCAAAUGUUCAGAAGGGGGCUUCAAGUGUUUUGAAGUAUAAAACGCAGUUUAAUCCCAACUAGAUCAGAUUAUUAGAUAAAAUGACGCAUUUUUCGACAACUCGUAACUUUGUUGAGAAAUACAUUUUCUAAUAUAUAUAAACUUAUUUAAACGGGUAAAUUAUAUACCUCUAAUUAUUAGCGUCUUAUAUUUCAGAGAUUUGUUGUUCAGUUAAAUAUUUACUUCAUUCACGAGUUUCCACGUCAAAAGCCAUACAUCCAUUGUGUUUGAAGAUGUUGCAUAGGAUGCGUCCCUGCACGCACUUUCAUUCAUACCCAUCUACAAGUAGAUAUAUACAAUAAAUUAAUCAACAUUCCUCUACAACAUGAUGUCACUUUGCACAACGAGGCAGACUAGUAAUUUCUUAUAUUUCAGUCGAAGCCUGCCUUUCAGUUCAGAUUCACUUCUUGAUUUUUAUUCACACCAUUUCUUUACUUUUCGAGCUUUUUACGUAUCUCCAGUAUAUGAUGACAUCAAAUACAUUCUAUUACAUAUUUUUUUCCUAGUUUCUUUUUAAAAUACCGUACUAAUUGUAAAUACAUUUUUACAUUUAAUUCAUAGAUUGUAACUUCUGUUCCUCCCGAACCAUGUAUGUUAAUGUUUAUAACUGUGCACACCUAGAUAUUACCUCCUAUUCUUUAUGUCUUUAUUCCUCCCCUAUCUCUCUUCAUGUAUAUGAUACUGUAGUAUCCACUCACCCACUAGUAAUCCUUUCAAAGAUAAUGUUCUGCCCGAUGAAGCUCUCAGGGUAUAUUUCUACCUACCUUUGGCUGUAUAUUGCUUAGGACAAUACACCUGUAAAAGUAUCGCUUAAGUCAAAAAUAUUUCACGCCAUAAAUCGUAUCCCAGCUCUCUCUAGUUUUGCUAGGUUGAAAUAUAGGCACUUCGUUUUAUGCGGGCAAGUGCCAGCCAUCUGAAUAUGGUUUCACCAGAUCCUUGCUUGUUUUCGUUCUUAUCGUAUACAUUAAGUGCGCAAAGUAAUCCGGUAAACCAAU